CCUCGCCUCACGCACCGGCCAGGACCGCCCGCGUGUCCCAUAAGCGCUUGCGCGCGGGGCACCGCCCUCUCUCAGCCGGGCCUGCGGUGGACGCGCCAUCGCCGCUGCCACCAUGCCUGCUCUCAGGCCUCUCGUGAAACCCAAGAUCGUCAAGAAGAGAACCAAGAAGUUCAUCCGGCACCAGUCUGACCGCUAUGUCAAGAUCAAGCGCAACUGGCGCAAACCAAGAGGCAUUGACAACAGAGUGCGCCGGCGCUUCAAGGGGCAGAUCCUGAUGCCCAACAUCGGCUAUGGCAGCAAUAAGAAGACAAAACACAUGCUGCCCACAGGCUUCAGAAAGUUCCUGGUCCACAAUGUGAAAGAGCUGGAAGUACUGAUGAUGAGCAACAAGUCGUACUGUGCAGAGAUUGCCCACAAUGUGUCCUCGAAGAACAGGAAGGUGAUCGUGGAGAGAGCUGCACAGCUCGCCAUCAAGAUCACCAACCCCAAUGCCAGACUGCGCAGCGAGGAGAAUGAGUAACGAGGUGUAUUUAAUAAAGCGUCAGUCCAA